AAUGUCAGGCGAGCAGCAUGAUGGGAUAUGAGAGUCCUCCGGCGGCGCGCUGCCGCCAUGUCACCUAGAGAGAAACAUUUAGCGCUGCUCUCUGUUUUAGGCCUACUUAUUUUCGCUUUUUAUUACAUUCCUACUUUUCUUUACGCGACUUUAAUUCUUGCAGUCUGUUGUUUUACUUGUUAUUAUUACAACGGAGAACCUCUUCCCGCCAGGUUAGGCCCGAAUCCGCGGGUUAAGCUAAACGUCCUAGGCGUGCUUAGGCGCUGGCUCUGGGGCUGGGGGGCGACCGGUGUGUCGGUGGUCGCACGGGGAAGAACAAGGAGCAGCAGUAAUAGAGCCGAGCUCCGAGAGGAAGAGGGACAUUUCAGACAAAGACCCAGUGAACCCGGGAUUUAUCGAAGGGAAGCUUUGACAAGUGACUCGUUUCUUUUCAGCCCUCGGGAUUUCCUCAUGGGGAGUUACAUCGGGAAACCCGAAAGUCCAGCCGCAGACUCUGUGAGGCCGAGAGCCGGGAGAAAUCCCCGAGAGCAACUGCGAGAAAAAUUGUCCAGACCCAACCAUGCUGUCUAUACCCCGAACAGGAGACUUUCCUUCGCUGGGGAGCCACUGGGCCCAACGGGCCGGUUCACCAUUACCCCCCAGCGUCACUACCCUCUACAGCAGACGGGCGUCUCGUCGGUGGGAGUCUUGCCUCCUGUCAAGUGGGACAGCUUCAGAAAGAAGAACAUCCUGAGUCCUCGUAAUUCCCCGGCAGCACUCAGUCCUGUCACUGUGAAGAUUGCCAGGCCCGACCACAGCAGCCCCAGUAUGGAUAAUCUGAGCUGUGCAGGACUCACCAUGGCCCCUGCAGACCCCUGCUCCAGAGAGAGCGUCCUCAGGGUAUUGAAGGAAAGCCGCAAAAGAGAAGUGGAGGAUGAAGACAGAAGCUUCACAGCUGAGCAGAAAAGCAAAAGGAGACGUAAUGACAGCGGUGGAAGUGCCCACUCAGCUUUUGGGCCUCUUUUGCCCAAUGGAACGCCAUCACAGCUGGUCCCCAAGCCAGGAAGUUUGAAAAGAGGGAUGACUUCACUGGCAGAGGAGUACACCAUGAAGAGGUCUCGUACCUCCUCCAUCAGCUCUGGUACUGCAAUACAUGCCUCCAGAGGGUUCACUAGUACCAGAAGAAAUGCCAUCCAAAGCUCCUACAGUUCUUCAAUAGGCCUCAGCCAGUGGAAGAAAUCAUCAGCAGCCAGCUCUCCUCUGUCCAGUCCUGGAUCAUCUCGCUCUCAGAGUCCAGAGGGCGUCUCCAAAAGACCCAGAGAGGAUGAUGCACAGUCUCCAAGCUCAGCAUCCUCAGUGAGGUUGGAUCAGGCAUCCUCUGAAAAGGCUCCUGUUACAUCAAAACUGAUCCCAGUCCCCAAAAUCCCAGCCACUACCUCAACAGACUCCACUGGUAGUGGUGGGAAGAGAAAACGGAAGAUCCAGCUGGUGUCCAGCCACAGGGAUGAUCACAUCUCUUUGCCUCCGCCUCCUGAGCUGGGCUACACAAUCACUGCUAAAGAUCUAGAUGAAGAGAAAAUAGCUGCCAUCAGUAAGAUCCAGAAGGUCCUGGAGACGCCUGCUCCAGAACCAGAGAAGUCUGUCUCUCCUCCAGCCAUCACUACCACUCAGCCUGCCUUCUCCACCGGGUCUACCACCACCACCCUGAGCAUCCUUCAGGCAACUCCGCUGCCCACGUCAUCCAGCUCUGCCACCCCAGUCAUUGACCUAGAUCCCAGCCCAGGCAGCAGCAGCAGCGUCAGUAGGACACCUGCAGCCUCCAGCCUACUUCAGGAGCCUCUGAAGAUGAAACCUAGUGCUGUUGCUAUUUCCACUUCUUCUGUCAGUGCAACCACAGUGUCUGUGUCCACAACACCUGUACAAGUCAACAGCUUAAACCUGAGCACAUCUACUACAGCUCCACAACUUGUCCCUACCUCCCAUUCUCAGUCCUCUGCUGGUGUGGGGCAACCCUCUGCCUUCCUUCAACUACUGGGUCAGGUCUCCAAGGCUCCCACCAGCACCUCUGUAGCACCUGUAGCAGGACCGACCCUGUUUGGCCUGUCCAGCCAGAUCAACUCCUCCUCUGCUUCCUCAGCCACUACCCAAGUCUCUACCACUUCUGCUCCAGCCAGCAGCUCCCAGUCAUCCAGUAACACCAACCCUCUGCUGACUGCAGGGUUCAAGCCCAUUUUUCCUGCUACAACCACCACCUCCUCCACAGCAUCACCUUCAGAGAGCAAUCCCUCCGUCCAAAAUUUCAAGCCCAUAUUUGGAGAAGUUCCAGCAGGUGCAGCCUUUGCACAGCCCUCAUCUCUCACUGCCACCUCUACAGCUUCCACUCUUAAUUCAAGUACCACAUCUUCAAUAUUUGGAGCAUCAACAAGCAGCACCACAGUUGCCCCAUCAGCUUUUGCUGGCUUCAGCGGCACUCCUGCUAGCACAGUUUCCACAGACUCAAUCACCACGACUCAGCCUGCAGCCCAGCCAGCUGUUAAAUCCCUAUUUACAAACUGGCCGGCACCAUCCACAACAAGCAACAGCUCAACGUCAGUGCAGCCUCCUAAUACUGGGAGCAAGUUUCAGUUUGGGACUGCAGCCACCACCUCUGCAACAGCAGCUGGUCCUCCUGCUGCAGUGACUACAACCUCCAGCCAGUCUGCCUUCACAUUUGGUGGCAUGCAGUCUAACCCUCAAGCUGCCAAUCAGAAUGCCUUUUCCUUUGGAAAGAUGGCACAGGGCCAGAUGGCACCCAGCCAGAACACAACCACUGCAUCAUUUGGAGGCUUCGCCAUGGCCAGCACAGCUUCCACUGCUGCUGCCGCCACCACCCAGUCCACUUUCAGCUUUGGAAAGUCGACAUUUGAAGCUCCUGCAGCACAGUCAACGUUUGGCUCUUCAGCAGCACCAUUCACAUUUGGAGCCGGUGGUGCUUCGUCCACGCCUGCCUCUAACCCUGCUUCUGCCCCUGCUCCUUUCACUUUUGGAUCUGCUGCCACUGCCACCACAUCGGCGACCUUUGGGACCCCCGCCAAACCAGCAUUUGGAGCUAGCUCCACUGGUUUUGCUUUUGGUGCCAGUCCAGCUCCUUCAGCUGCACCCUCUGCUGCACUAAGCUUCGGUGCUACGACCCAGACUCAGAGCUCCUCCUCAGCUACCUUCACAUUUGGCAGUGCUGCUCCACAGCAGGCUCCCUCUGGCCCUGCUCAGCCGGCAUCUGGCGGGUUUAACUUUGGCACCAGUAUGCCUCUUCCCCAGUUUGGUACUCCAGUUUCCAACAAUCCUCCACCACAGAUGGGAAGCUUCUCCUUUGGGGCUGCUGCUACAGACAAACCAGGUUUUGGGACAUCUACGCCAGCAUUUGGCCAGAGUGCUGCUGCAGGUCCGAUUCCCUUUGGAAGUCCUGGAACUCCAGGCCAAGGCUUCAACGCUGUUCCCUUUGGGUCUCCGGCGACUCCCACCUUCUCUAUUGGAGCUGGAUCAAAGCCAAGUGGAGCUCGCCAGAGGCUGCAGGCACGGAGGCAACACAACAGGAAGAAGUAACCUGCUGCGUGACACCACUUUCAGAGGACUCCAACUUUUGCUGCGGUGGCUAACCUGAUUAUCCCACGAUCAGGUCUCCACCAUGAACCUCUGCUUCCUUCCCAUCCUUCAGUGGCCCAGAGCUUUGUGUUUGCAGAGGACAUGGAUCGAGAAUCCAUAUCGAUGUACUACACUUGAAGAAAGAGAAAAGACCGUUUGAUUCCAAACAAAGCAUAUCCAAAGUUUUGUGUUUUUCCCCUCCUUUCAGUGUGUAGACACUCCCUUUGGGUUGUCUUAAGAAGAAAGCUGAGUCAGGCGAAGAUGUGGAGCCUCGGCUCAGGCAUUUAUUUUUUUACGUGAAGCAUUCUCUGGUUUGUGUGUUAGUGAAUGUUUGAGUGCAUUUUCUGAGUCUGAAUGGGGUGGGGGAUGCACAGCUGAUUCAGAUGAGGUACACCACACUGCAGUGUAAAUGUAAAGUUAUGAGAUGUUUGCAUUUAAAUUAUUUUUUUAAUUGGCUCUCUGUAAAUGAUGUUUUCUGCACCUAAAGGGCAACUUAGUAAAUGUCUUAAAGUAAUUUGUGCAGAUGUUUGUGGUGUUGUUUCAUACUUUUGUCAUUGCAAGCAUUUCCAGAGUCCUCCUGUGGACGGCCUUUCUUGGAUAGCGAUUGCCAACACUGAUAAGUUACAGGUCUGUUUGUAAUUUAGUAUGACUACUCACAACUUUUGCUGACAAACCAAAGCCAACUGUUCAACUUCAUGCCUGUGAAAACAAUGUGUGAUCUUCAUCUCAUCUUAAAAUCCUGAGAUGUGUUUCGUGCCAGACUCUACCUCUCUUUACGCCUCGGCACUGAAACCUUUUGGUAAUUCAUUGAAAAAAUGGCAAAUUUAACAGAGUAGUUUAGAUUUUAUGUUCAACUACUGUUAAUGCUAACAAUUAGUAAUAAAUAGUUUUUAUUAAAUAUCUUCACAACAGCACAUUAAUCUUCAGAAAAAUCAGAUGAUGCCACAUUACAACCAAACAGGAACAUUUAUCUGCUUCGUUAUGAGAGAAAUGCUCACGGUGUUUAUCUGCAUCAUGAGGAACAACGUGACAGUCAAAUACUUGUCAGCUGUUUUUAUUAGCGCAAUCUGUUCUCAUUAAUUGUGAAAAGUGAGUUUGAUGGUCAGGUUUCAAUUAAUAAAAAUUGGAGUUUUUGAUGUUA